GUUGAAUCAAUGCUGAUCCGCCUUGAAUCAAGGAAUCCUUUUUAUCUGUGUUGUAUGAAUUGUCCAUAACGAACUUUCUUCAUUGUUAAGUGUAUGUGCUGGUACUACUAGUUUUGCAGACUCGUUCUGUAUGUUUUAUGUUUGUACAGCAAAACCUACUCGAGCAGGCAUGACGUAGUUUAUAGCGUGGUUUUUAAACAAAUGCUUCCUGGUUGAUUGAUCGUCAUGUAUAUUGAUUAUUCAUACCUAUUGGUUUUGUGGUGGUUGUUAUCGAUCAAAAGGGGUGUAGAUUGUGUAAAUAUCGGAGAAGUGGAAGAAUUGGUCAGACAAUGGUCUCCCUUGAUAUGGUUAGCGCCAGGUGAAAAAUAUUUACCAAUGAGUGCAGAAGAUUAUUUGAAACAUGUCAAACUAGCUUUCAAAAAUGGUAGCGAAAUCGAAAAAGUUUCUUUAGAUGGAGCAUUACAGGACAAACUGAAGGACGCAAUUUUGAUUCCUAAUGAUUCUAUAAAUUAUUUGAUGGAUAAUACAUCUUCAUUCAUCUAUGGCAAAAAUCCGAAUUUGCAACCUGUCAUCACGUACGCUCUGGUCCAGCAAUGUCAAAAUAAUACACAAAGUGAUGUCUCGAACAGUGACAGUUCCCUUCAUUUUCACGUGAGCUAUUGGGUGUUUUUUCCGUACAAUGAAGGAAAACAAGUCUGUUUCAUUGGUUCAAUUCCGACAUUAAAAAUUUUCAACAUUUGCCUGGGUAGUAUGGAAACCUUAGGCAACCAUUUAGGCGACUGGGAACACAUGAGCCUAACAUUUUCCGGAAAUAGAUUUCCUGAUCAACUUUAUCUGGCUUUCCAUGAUUCAGGUGUUUAUUACAAUUACAAUCAUACGGGACGAUAUUUUAGAUUUUCACAUCAGAGGAAGAGUAUAAUCCAAGUGCCAAAAUUCCCUCAGAUUGUAAGGACACAAGGACAACACCCUGUAGUAUUCUCUGCCAAUGGAUCUCAUGGUCUGUGGUCAGCCCCUGGAAAUAUUGAUUUCGUGAGAAUACCCAGACUGACAGAUCGUAAUGGAUAUGGAACUUAUUGGAAAACCUGGAAUCAUAUCAAAAUCUAUCACCUGAAUACGAGCCCCCUUCCAUUCUGGUUGACAUAUAGGGGCAAGUGGGGCAACCCGAAAAGAAAUUGUUAUCUUUUCAAAAAACUAGGAAUUUGCCAGUAUUCAGAAGGUCCUGUUGGUCCCUUGUGGCAUGAACGUGAUUUUUCUUGUUCUACGAGAAGUUGAGCAGCAAUCAGUAUCAUAUCAGUUAUGUUCUGUUCCUGAAACAUAUGGCUAUGUAAUCUGUGAUUAAAUAAUUAAGUAGCAA